GGUCGGCCGCCCGGUCCGGCUCCCGGAAGCAGCCCGUUGCUAGGCAACCGCGUCGCUCCAGCGGGGAGGGGCGGGGCGUGCGGAGGGUCUGCAUGGACCAGUACUGCAUCCUGGGCCGCAUCGGGGAGGGCGCGCACGGCAUCGUCUUCAAGGCCAAGCACGUGGAGACUGGGGAGAUCGUGGCCCUCAAGAAAGUGGCCCUGCGGCGGCUGGAGGAUGGCAUCCCCAACCAGGCCUUGCGGGAGAUCAAAGCCCUGCAGGAGAUCGAGGACAAUCAGCACGUGGUGCAGCUGAAGGCCGUGUUCCCGCACGGCGCAGGCUUUGUGCUGGCCUUCGAGUUCAUGCUGUCGGAUCUGGCCGAGGUGGUGCGCCACGCCCAGAGGCCCCUGGGCCAGGCACAGGUCAAGAGCUACCUGCAGAUGCUGCUCAAGGGUGUGGCAUUCUGCCACGCCAACAACAUCGUGCAUCGGGACCUGAAACCGGCCAACCUGCUCAUCAGUGCCUCAGGCCAGCUCAAGAUAGCAGACUUUGGCCUGGCCCGGGUCUUCUCCCCAGAUGGCAGCCGCCUCUACACACACCAGGUGGCCACCAGGUGGUAUCGAGCCCCGGAGCUCCUGUAUGGUGCCCGCCAGUAUGACCAGGGCGUCGACCUGUGGGCUGUGGGCUGCAUCCUGGGGGAAUUGUUGAACGGAUCCCCUCUCUUCCCUGGAGAGAAUGACAUCGAGCAGCUUUGCUGUGUGCUUCGAAUCCUGGGCACCCCCAGUCCUCAAGUCUGGCCGGAGAUCACGGACCUGCCCGACUACAACAAGAUCUCCUUCAAGGAGCAGGCGCCUGUGCCCCUGGAGGAGGUGCUGCCCGAUGCGUCUCCCCAGGCCCUGGACCUGCUGGGGCUGUUCCUCCUCUACCCUCCGCGCCAGCGCAUCUCAGCCUCCCAGGCCCUCCUGCAUCAGUACUUCUUCACGGCUCCCCUGCCUGCCCACCCCUCGGAGCUGCCGAUUCCCCAGCGCCCAGGGGGACCCACCCCCAAGGCCCACCCGGGCCCCCCCCACGUCCAUGACUUCCACGUGGACCGGCCUCUCGAAGAGUCACUGUUGAACCCGGAGCUGAUUCGGCCCUUCAUCCCGGAGGGCUGACGCUGGGCCCGCCCUGCCGUCCUGUCCCCCAGAGCCCCCUGGGCUUCUUGUUUCUCUGCUGAGCCUGACCCGACCUCCGGUGGCCUCCACACAGCCUCACUAGGUCCACCCCUCACCUGGUCUGCUCCCAGGCUGGGAAUGAGGACAUCCGGCUCCAGCAGAGGGGACCUACAGCCGGUGCCAUUGGCCUCCCACGUGCGUGCUGCCAACUGACCCAUCAGAGGGACACCGUGAGCUCCGUGGCUGUGGCUGCCAUGGUGCUGGUUGCAGGCCCUGCCUUCCCGGUCAGGGAUGGCCCUGGUGGAGCCAUCUAGGGGAGCAGAGAGUGUAAGGUGUCCUCACGUGGGAACAUGAUGGGAGGGCAGCUUU